UCAAUUUUGAGGCGGAGUCUUCCGCGCCGCCCAUUGGCCCGCGCCGGGCAGACGUGUGGCGCGACGCGGAGGGCGGGCCGAGCGGUGGGCGGGGCGACGCGGCCUGGCGCGGGGCCUGCCAGGCGACGUGCCGCCCGUGUUGGACUCACACCACCAACGCCGCGACGCCCAUCUCACGCCCACGCCGCCUCUACAGGCUCGCGGCACGCACAGACCCAGCGGUACGCCCUUCUCACGCCCGCAGGUUCCCGCGGCGCCACCAGGGCCACCCAGGCCACCCAGGGUCACCAGGGGCACGGCAGCCUGGCCGCCGCCGCCUGCCGCAGCCCUGCCGCCGCACGCCCACCUCUGCCUGCCUGAACAGACAUCGCCGCCCGCGGCCGCCCACGCGUGAGCCUGAUCCUCCGCCCGCCACAGGACGCCCGCCACACAGCUGCGGGCGUGGGCACCUCCUGGCCGCGGCGCUGCAGGAGGCGGUGCCGGCGUGCCGCGCCCCCAGACCCCGGCCAUCUUAGGCCUGUCCUCGCCGCCUUUCCCGCUUCCACCGCCACCACCGCCACCUCCGCCACAGCCGCCACAACCUCCGCCGCCCGCCGCCCACAGGGGGAGCAUGUGGGUAGCCCGGUGGGCGCGGCGCCGCCUCUAUCGCUAUGUAGGAUUCUUGGCCUCAUCACGAAUUUGUGCCGCCGUGGCCCGCCGCCUCCUGAUGCCAGUACAAAAAUGUGAUUGGCCCGCCCACUCGCGUGACGUCACACAACGCGGCUUGCCAUUGGUCGUGGGCGUGCAGGGGGCGGAGCGAGGCGCGCGCUGAUUGGCCGGGCUGCGUGGAUGGUGGAGUUUAGUCAAUCGAUAACACAUCCCGAGUCGGAGCCAAAUUAAAGGUAAAUAAUAGACGGCUUUCACAGUGAACGGACGUGUAUAGAGCGCUCUGUGGUGCCAUUCAUGUGACCCGCGUUACUGCAGCGACAAUACGGUGAAUAGUGUACAGUGGAGACAACAAGUGGUGCUGUACUGGCCUGCUAGCUCGCCGCUGGCCCGCCACGCCCGGCCCUCGUGCACCGCCGCGACACGUGUUCAAAUUGAGUGCUAGUCGCUGCCGCCGGGCACUAAGAGAGCCACCAUUGCCGGCGUGCUGUCCUACACUGGCCUGGCGUCGGCCGCCGAGGACUCCGCGGCCGUGGAGGGAACUCGGAGCCUCUGGGAGCGUCGGUGGCGAGGGAGCGGCAGACACGAGCCGCCCGUGGGGUACAAGGAGCCGAGAGAAGCCGCCACGCUGGAGUACUACAGCAACGCCGCCCUCAAGCCCGCCACCAUGCUCACCCUCGAUCCGCCAGACCUGAAGGGCGGCAGCCUGCACUCGCCCCACCUGCCGCCCCACACAACCCACUCCCACUCCGUCCCUCACGCCCACCACAACUCCCACUCCCACAGCUACUCCCUCUCCCACCACUCCUCCCUCACCCCCUCGCUCAACUCCUCCCUCAGCUCCUCGCUCUCCACGCCCUCCCUCGCCUCCGUGGGGAGCAUGAGCGCCCACUCCCCGCCGCAGACCCACGUGCCCACGCCCACCACCAACAACAACACCAGCAACAACAACAACAACACCACGGGCUCCGUCAACAGCAGCUCCACCAACAGCAGCAGUAACAGCAAGAGCAGCGCCUCGUCCUCCAACUCCGCGGCGGAGCGCGUCAAGCGCCCCAUGAACGCCUUCAUGGUGUGGUCGCGGGGCCAGCGGCGCAAGAUGGCCCAGGAGAACCCCAAGAUGCACAACUCCGAGAUCUCCAAGCGUCUGGGCGCCGAGUGGAAGCUGCUGUCCGAGACAGAGAAGAGGCCUUUCAUCGACGAGGCGAAGCGACUGCGAGCCGUGCACAUGAAGGAGCAUCCAGACUACAAGCCACGAAGAAAGACGAAGACGCUUAUGAAAAAAGAUAAAUAUCCUCUUGCGUCUGGUCUUCUUCCCUCUGACCCGACCCGCCCCCCGGUGCAGCAGGUCACCCGUGAUAUGAGGGACAUGUACAAUAUGACCAACGGGUACAUGCCCAAUGGAGACUAUGGGGACUAUGGUGAGUGGCGUUACGGCUACGACACAGCAGCAUACGGAGGUCAAGGGUACCCAUACAUGACAGGUCAGAUGUACGGAGGGUAUGACAUGACCCGCGGCUACUCUCCGACCUCUAGUACCCCCUCCUACAUGAAUGGCUCCUACUCCCCCGCCAUGUACGCCUCCGCCCCCUCGCCCUACUCCAUGAGCCAGAUGGCGUCAAUGGCUUCCGUGGGGUCCGUUGGUUCCGUCGGGUCUUCGGCAUCUCACUCGCCCACGCCCAUAAAAUCUGAGACGCCUACCUUGCCAGUCUCCUCUCCGGGCGCCUCCAUGCCGCCCGCCACCCACACCACAGCAGGUGAUUAUCCAAGUGUGAUGAAGCGGGAGUACUCGUCAGGAGGGCCGGGCCAGCAGGACCUGUCCCAGAUGAUAUCCAUGUACCUGCCUGGCUCCCAGGAGCGCCACGACCACCAGAAGGCCGCCGCCGCCGCCGCCUACAUGUCCCACGCCCACUACCACGCCCACGGCGCCGCCUCGCCAGACCAGAUGCCGCCCGCACCCAUGCCCCUCACCCACAUGUAACCCGCGAGUCCUCAGAGUUAAGGUGACUCGUCCGUGCGGGUGUGGGGCGGGCGCCGGCCCCGCCCACCCUGCCGCCCAUCGCCCGCACGCAACCCACUCCAGCCGGCACUCCUCCACACCAGCGGGCCACCGUGCGCCGCGCCCCGGUGUUCUCCGCGGCGCCUGCCGGCCUUGGGGCGCCGCCCAGCACGCGGCAGCCCUGUGCUCCUGUGGCCGCUGGGUGCGUGCCUGGCGCCGCCAGCGUGGACCAGCGUGCCCUGCGCGGCCUGCGUGGACCAGCGUGCCCCGCGUGGCCUGCGUGGACCAGCGUGCCCCGCGUGGCCUGCGUGGACCAGCGUGCCCUGCGCGGCCUGCGUGGACCAGCGUGCCCCGCGUGGCCUGCGUGGACCAGCGUGCCCUGCGCGGCCUGCGUGGACCAGCGUGCUCGGCGCGGCGCGGCCCUCCCAGUGGAGACUUGGUCCCAGCGAUCCCAGCAGCCCGCGGUCCCGCUGCCCCGCCGUGCCCCGCUGUCCUCGCGAGGCGGCGACCCCGCGGCGCGGCCGUGCGGCGCUGCCCGGCGCGGUGGACUGGCGUCGUCCCGGCGGCCCGCGGCCCGGCGCCGCAGUGUGAUAGGCCGCCGCGUCUAACACUGCGUUCUUAUUGCCAUAAUUUAUACGGACGUUUGUGUGUCGUGUCUGAGCGCUUCAGGCCAGCUGUUAGUUAGUGCCGACUGUGUGUACACGUGUGUGUGUCCGUGUGCACCGCGGGGCCAAGCCCUCAUGUACAUACAAGUUUGCGCCCUGUACAUACUCCCACACUGCCCCGGACGCCCCGCCCGCCCGCCGCCCGUCCCGUCGCGGCUCAUGCCGUGGCGGUGGGCGGCGGGGCGGCGAGGCCUCCUCCCACCGGCCCCGCGCUGCCCCGCCCCGCCCCACCCCGCUGCCCUACUCUGCCCCCGACGCCCCCGCCCCGCCCCGCCCCGCCCGGUGACCCGAGGGGCAGCAGCUCCCAGCCCCUGCCCCGACCCUCCCGGCGUGGGGCCGCCAGAGGGGGCGGAGGGCGCGCGGGCGGGCGGCCGCGGACGAGCAGGAGCCCCGCGCCUUGCUCUCCGUCUCAUCUUUUUGGCUUUUAUUUUUAUUUGUCUGACUCUGUCAACCAUCUGUACAUAGCGCACCACUGUCUUGUUAUACCACACUGGUCGCCGACGUUUCUUUAUCGUUGGAAAUGACAAAAUAAAAGAAAUAAGUGGAAA